AGGAAUGUCAUUACUGGACAUAAAUAAUACUAAUAGUCUAGACUGCAUGUGUGACCUGAAGACAGCGAAUUUGACAUGAAUCGGAUCUGUGACAGCAGUACCAUUUACCAAACACCAACCAAAUACCAAUAUGACUGACAUCAAAGUAGGAAUCAACGGGUUUGGCCGUAUUGGCCGCCUUGUGCUGCGUGCUGCCCUGAGCAAGAAAGUCAGCGUUGUGGCCAUCAACGAUCCCUUCAUUGAUCUUGAGUAUAUGGUGUACAUGCUGAAGUACGAUUCCACUCACAAUCAAUGCCCCUACACUGUUGAAUGUGAUGUUGACAACAAAAAACUUGUCGUCGAUGGAAAAAAGAUCUCUGUCUUCAUGGAGCGUGAUCCCUCUAAGAUUGCCUGGGGGACUGCUGGUGCUGAAUAUGUUGUGGAAUCUACAGGGGUCUUCACAACAUUAGAGAAGGCUAAUGCUCAUAUUACCGGAGGUGCCAAGAAGGUUAUCAUUUCUGCUCCGUCAGCUGAUGCCCCCAUGUUUGUCAUGGGAGUCAACCACAAAAAAUACGACAAUAGCAUGAAUAUUGUAAGCAAUGCUUCCUGUACCACCAACUGCUUGGCUCCCCUGGCUAAGGUGAUCAAUGAUAAGUUUGGUAUUGUGGAGGGUUUGAUGACCACAGUCCAUGCAAUUACUGCCACACAGAAAACAGUGGAUGGGCCAAGUGCCAAGGAUUGGCGUAGUGGCCGUGGAGCUUUCCAGAAUAUCAUUCCAUCCUCCACUGGUGCUGCUAAGGCUGUAGGCAAGGUCAUCCCAGAACUCAAUGGAAAAUUAACUGGUAUGGCUUUCCGUGUGCCUGUCCCUGAUGUGUCUGUUGUCGACUUGACCUGCCGAAUAGAAAAAGGGGCUAGCUACGAUACCAUCAAAGCUGCCAUCAAGGAGGCAUCAGAGAAUGACUUGAAAGGGUUCCUUGGUUACACAGAGGAUAAAGUGGUAUCUCAAGACUUCUGUGGAGACGCAAGAAGCAGCAUCUUUGAUGCUGGUGCUGGCAUCGCCCUGAAUGAUAACUUCGUCAAAUUAAUCUCUUGGUAUGACAACGAGUUUGGAUACAGUUGCCGUGUUGUUGAUCUGAUCCAGCACAUGCACAGUGCUAAAUAAAAACAAAAAAUUGGUGCUGGUCAAAGAUAUGAACACACAUUAAAUAGAAACAACUUUAGCAGGUCAAUCACUUCAGGAUUUGCAACAUUCGCCCCACAUCAUUCCCCCCAAAACUGUAUAUUAUCUGGUGUAUUUUUUUACUAAUUUGCCCAGAAAUCCAGCUAAGUUAUUUUGUAGCACUGUCCCAUAUUGUAUUUUAAUCUCAUGUUAAACCUUUCUAGCUUGCUUGCUGAAGAGAUACAAAAAGUAUAGUUUAUUCCAUCGAGACAUUUUCUUUUUUGAACUAGGACACUGUAUCUGUUUGCGAUAUUCAAAUACAUUAUAUCUCCCUCUUUUACUAAAAGUGCUAGAUGAAAAGUGCUAAUUAUUUUGUAUUAGUGUCAUGUUUUUGAGAUUAUGUAUUUAACAUAGUGGUAUACACACCAGGAUAUAAAUGUAAGGGCUACUUUGUUAGUUCUGUGCCCUGAUAUACUUUGGUGUGUAUUUGUGUUGGAAAUAAAAUGGUCUGUCACGGU